UGUUCGACCUCCCUUGCCUUAUCAACGGUAUAAAAGGCUGUGCUUGACGAUUUAAGCGAGCGCAGACGUUGAACUUCAUGUACGCAAGGUCCGUAAAGGCAAUAUUGAGAACCGCUGUCGGUUCCUGCGGUUCUCGGACUCGAACCGUAUCAGACUUAUCAGACGAGGCUCGACGUCGGUCCUCGAUACACAGGAUGGCUCAGCUCGAUCAAAACUGUAUUUUCUGCAAAAUACUAAGUGGACAGGAACCUGGUGAGAAAGUUUACGAGGAUGACCAUGUGGCGUGUAUUAAGGAUAUCCAUCCAGCGUCCACUCAUCAUUACUUGAUAAUACCCAAAACGCACAUUCCCAACGCGAAGGUGUUGACGCAGAAGGAUGAAGAAAUAUUUGACAAGCUUGUUGCGACUGUGGACGUGGUGGCAGAGCUCCAAGGGUUCGACUUAUCGUCCGUAAGGACGGGGUUUCAUUGGCCGCCAUUUAAUACCAUAAAUCAUUUGCAUCUCCACGUAAUCGCGCCACUGGAAAAUAUGGACUUCCUAAGGAGGAUAAUGUUCAAGCCCAAUUCUUGGUGGUUCGUCGGUGUACGUAGUUUUGUUUUAAAAAGGAGUUGUCGAACGACAACAUCGGUUUCAGACUUUAAUCCUUUAUUUUAUUUCAGACGGACUAUGUGAAGUCGCACAUCCAGUCGAGUCUUUAAGGAAGUUUUACGCUUAUUGUCAGGUUCAAUCCCCAUAUCACGGUAGUUCAAUUUGUAUAGUACUCAUAGCAAUAUGUUUUAAAUGAUGUUUAAGCAUACACUGUAUUAAUAAGACUCGUAUUAAUCUAGAAUGACUUUCUUAAAAUGAAGAAGCGUCUUGAAUUC